AUGCAAGCCACCCUUCCGGCUGCUCCUGCAGGUGCCCUGUCCAAGAAGAAACGGCUAGAGUUGGACAGUGACCUAGACGCCAAGUGCCCCACCCAGAAACGAACUCGAAGCCAGCCCCAGCCCUGGCUGCCCCCCUGCCUGCUGCCCCUGAGCCCACCCCCUGCCCCAGAUCCUGUACCUGCUGAGGCCACUGCCUCCCGGCUUGGGCCCUAUGCCCUCCUGGAGCCUGAGGAGGGUGGGAGGGCAUACCGUGCCAUGCACUGCCCAACAGGCACUGAGUACACCUGCAAGGUGUACCCAGCAAGUGAGGCCCUGGCUGUGCAGCAACCCUACGCACGGCUGCCUCCCCACGAGCACGUGGCACGGCCUGCUGAGGUCCUGGUGGGCACCCAGUUCCUCUACGCCUUUUUUGCACGUCCCUAUGGGGACAUGCACACCCUGGUGCGCCGCCGCCGCCGCCUCCCUGAGCCUGAGGCCGCUGCGCUCUUCCGCCAGAUGGCCGCCACCCUGGCACACUGUCACCAGCACGGUCUAGUCCUGCGGGAUCUCAAACUGUGUCGCUUUGUCUUCACCAACCGUGAGAGGACGAAGCUGGUGCUGGAGAACCUGGAGGACGCCUUUGUGCUGACUGGGCCAGAUGACAGUCUGUGGGACAAGCGUGCCUGCCCAGCCUACGUGGGGCCUGAGAUUCUCAGCUCACGGGCAUCCUACUCUGGCAAGGCAGCGGAUGUGUGGAGCCUCGGCGUGGCGCUCUUCACCAUGCUGGCCGGCCAUUACCCUUUCCAGGACUCAGAGCCUGCCCUGCUCUUUGGCAAGAUCCGCCGCGGGGCCUUUGCCCUGCCUGAGGGCCUCUCAGCCUCGGCCAGCUGCCUGGUCCGCUGCCUUCUGCGACGGGAGCCAGCUGAACGGCUCACAGCUGCGGGCAUCCUGCUGCACCCCUGGCUGCGAGAGGAUCCUCGCCCCUUAGCCCCAUCCUGGUCCCACCUCCGGGAGGCUGACCAGGUGGUUCCUGAUGGGCCAGGGCCAGAGGCGGCUCAAGAAGAGGCGGGAGAUAGGGAAGUGGGUCUGUAUGGCUAG